AUGGUAUUUCGAGGUUCAAUUACAAGAUUGGCCAGUGCUAAACCUUUCAAGUUACCAUUGGUUAUUUCAGAUGAAAUCUCACACGCUCUCUCGACUAAGUCACAGGCUGUAGUAUCGCUUGAGUCGACCAUCAUAACGCAUGGUUUACCAUUCCCGCAGAACUUGGAAAUGGCCCAAGAGGUUGAGCAUACUAUCAGAAAAAAUGGAGCGAUUCCUGCCACAUGUGCUUUCUUAAACGGUAAACCACAUAUUGGAUUGAGUAGCUCCCAAUUGACAUCUUUGGCAGAGCUGAAGCAUGCCAACAAGGUGUCGCGCAGAGAUGUCGGAUAUGUUAUGGCCAAUGGCCAAAACGGUGGAACUACCAUUGCUCUGACCAUGAUAUUGUCUUCCAUGGCAGGUAUUAAGGUGUUUGCCACUGGUGGACUAGGAGGUGUCCAUAGAGACGGCCAGUUUACGAUGGACGUUUCAGCUGACUUGACUGAACUAGGUAGGACGCCAGUGACCGUAGUUUGUGCUGGGCCAAAAUCCAUUUUAGACAUUGGGUUGACAUUGGAAUACUUGGAGACUCAAGGAGUUUUUGUAGGAACCUACAGUAAAGAUUCGAAAUCAGUAGACAUUCCAGGGUUUUAUGCUAAAGAGUCCGGAUUCAAAUCUCCUUAUGUCUUUAGUACCUACGCUGAAGCGGCCAAUAUUAUCCACAACCAGAACAAUGUCAUGAAUUUACAAUCGGGUUCUAUACUUUGCAUUCCCCCAUCUGAGAAAACCGCUUUGCCCUCUGAAAUGAUUCUGAAAAUCAUUUUAGAGGCUAAUGAGGAAGCAAAGACAUCGGGGAUCAGCGGUAAGGAGCUCACCCCAUUCCUAUUAGGAAGAAUUGCGAAGGUAACUGAAGGUAAAUCAGUCAAGAGCAAUAUAGAAUUAGUGCUCAACAAUGCAAGAGCUGCAACAGAGAUUGCAAAGGAACUUUUGAAUAUAGAGAAGGAUGAGCAACCUGUAAGUUUUCAGCCGACUUCGAAUAUCAUGAAAUCGACUUCGACACAUUCGCUGAAUAGAAAGAGAGAUAAUCCCACACUACACAACCCCAAAAAGGAAGUACCUGAUAUUGUGAAUACCUUAAUAAUUGGAUCUAUUGCACUUGAUUCUAUUUCUAAAAUUUCAGAACCUUUAAAGUUGAAUGAUUCGAAUCCAGGCUCAACUACCUCAUCCUUAGGUGGAGUUGCAUACAAUGUUUCUAAUGCGUGUAAUUUAGGAUUACAAUCACCGUCGUGCGAGACUGGGAAUAUCACCACUAGUAGACUUAUUACCAUCCUCUCUGAUGAUCUAGCAGGAAAAGCCAUAAUUGAGCAAUUGUUAGAAAGAAAUAUUGAUAUCACAGGAAUUUUGACUAGCUCGCAAGAUGUUGGUAAUAGUGCUCAGUACACUUCAAUACAUAGAGGAAACGGAGAUUUGGUCGUUGCUUGCGCUGAUAUGUCCAUUGUGGAACAUGAAUCAUUCACAGCGCAUAUCCUUAAACAGAUUGAAAGAAGUCAACCAAAACAAAUUGUUAUUGACUGUAAUCUUAGUCCGGAAUGUACUUCUUCUAUAUUUGGAUAUCUAAGAGACAAUAAUCUUAAAUGCAAAGUUAUAAUUGAACCUACAUCUGGUCCUAAAUCGAAGAGAAUUGGUCAAAUACACUCGAGUGGCUUGCAAACCUUUCCUAACAGCACAAUCCUGCUUAUCACUCCAACAAUUGCUGAGUUGCAUCAAAUACAUGAAUCAUUCGGCAAUCGAGGCUUGUUUGACGAUUAUGAUAAUUGGUUCCCACUAUUAGACUCCCUCGGCGUUGACUCAACUUUCAGAAGUAAACUAGAGAUCAGUAAGGAAAAUGUUAUCAAAGACGGCUUAAAAUUGGGCUAUCUCCAACAAGCAUUCCAAAUUUUACCAUACAUUCCGAACAUUCUCUUAAAAUUGGGUUCAAAGGGUGUCUUAUCGCUCACUUUAUCUACAAGUAUAGACGAUUAUAAAUCAUUGCCUACGACUUCGAAGUAUCUGCCACUGUUCAUAGUUACCACCCUGAGCGGUAGAAUCAUGGACGACUCACAAAAAAGGUUAGGAAUUUCCAUUCAGUACUUUCCGAUCCCGACUGAAAGCAAGAAUAUCGAGAUAGAAAAUGUAACAGGUGCGGGUGACUCUUUCUUGGGCUACUUGGUAUCAAGGCUUCUGGCGUCAAAUCUGCAGCUAGAUGAAGGUACCUUUCUAGACUCUGAAAUCGGUAGCGUGGAACAAGAAUGGUUCAAGUGGGAGUCAAUAUACAAAGCUCAAGUUGCAGCAGGAGAGUCCAUCAAGUGUAUGGAAUCAAUAAGCGAAGAAUUAAAGAAUAUAUAG